GUCUGGAUGGAUGCAGGCACUCAAAUCUUCUUUUCGUAUGCAAUUUGUCUGGGAUGCCUGACAGCUCUGGGCAGCUAUAACAAAUACCAUAACGACUGCUACAGGGACUGCGUGGCCCUCUGCUUCCUCAACAGUGGCACCAGCUUCGUGGCAGGCUUUGCCAUCUUCUCCAUCCUGGGCUUCAUGGCAGGGGAGCAGGGCGUGCCCAUCGCCGAGGUGGCCGAGUCGGGGCCUGGCCUGGCAUUCAUCGCCUACCCUCGGGCUGUGGUCAUGCUGCCCUUCUCCCCGCUCUGGGCAUGCUUCUUCUUCCUGAUGGUUGUUUUGCUGGGACUGGACAGCCAGUUCGUCUGCGUGGAGAGCCUUGUCACAGCUCUUGUGGACAUGUACCCCACCAUCUUCCGCAAGAAGAACCGCCGGGAGACUCUCAUCCUGCUGGUCUCCAUCCUCUCCUAUCUGGUCGGGUUGGUGAUGCUCACAGAGGGUGGGAUGUAUGUCUUCCAGCUCUUUGAUUACUAUGCUGCCAGUGGCAUGUGCCUGCUCUUUGUGGCCAUCUUCGAGACUCUCUGCAUCGCCUGGGUCUAUGGUGCUGAACGUUUCUAUGAUAACAUUGAAGACAUGAUUGGCUACCGGCCAUGGCCCAUCAUCAAAUACUGCUGGCUUUUCAUCACCCCAGCGGUCUGCAUGGCAACCUUCCUGUUUUCUUUGAUCAAAUACACCCCACUGACCUACAACAAGAAGUAUGUGUACCCAUGGUGGGGAGAUACCCUGGGCUGGCUGCUGGCCCUAUCCUCCAUGGUGUGCAUCCCUCUCUGGAUCAUCUACAAACUCUUCACCAUCAAAGGUUCCCUCAGAGAGAGGCUCCGCCAACUCACCUGCCCACUUGAGGACUUGCCUUCCAGGCUGGGCACGGGACAGCCUCUUCCCUCCACCAGAGCUGGUCUCCUGAUGCUGACAGAGCUCGAAUCUCAUUGCUAGGACCAGUGUGGCUCUCCUUCUCUCCCCCCAGGAUGGUUUCUAUACAGCCUUUAUGACCUGUUGGAUAACGCAAGGAGAGAGGGAUUUCUGGUCUGAGCUCCCUUCCCUGGAAGAUUUGAAGGGCUGAGGAAGAGGCUGCCAUGGAGAUGGUCUGCAUGGAGUUAGCAAUGAACCUUAAUCCUCUCUCUGGAGAGGGCUCUGAAGGGGCAGAUCAAACACCAGUGUUCCUGAUCAUCCUCAGCCUUCUGGUGGGCGGAAAGGAAGGACUGAUCCUGGAGAGGAGAGUGUCAGAGAGUCUCAGAGGUGUGGCUCCAGUGUGGACUUUGGGAGCUUCUCUAUUCAUUCCAUUAAACCCUUGUUUUUCCCC